AUGGCAUUGUCAUUGUCCAUUUGCCCCCAACCGCUUCGACGCGUCUCUGUCAUCGGCAACUCGGGUGCGGGAAAGUCUACAUUCGCGCGCAAACUUGCCCUGAAGCUCGACGUUCCCCAUCUCGAGCUCGACGCCAUCAACUGGCAGCCCGGAUGGACACAGCUUUCGCGAGACGACUUUCGUGCAGCAGUAUCCUCGCACCUUGAAUCGACACAGUACGCAGCUGGCUGGGUCGUGGACGGCAACUACGGAAAGGGGCAAGACCUCGUCUGGGAUGCUGCCGACACGAUCGUGUGGCUCGACCCACCACGAUACAUGUCCAUGCUCCAACUGUUGUGGCGGUGUGUGGUGCGUACUGUAACGCAACAGUCGCUUUGGGGUACUGGCAAUGUGGAGACCUGGAGUCAACUGCUGUCAACGGAUCCGACGAGGAGUGUGCUGGCGUACGCGUGGCAAAACUACCACCGACACAGGCGACGUGUACAAGAGCAGAUGUGCGAAGUCACACAUGUGCAGUGGGUGACGUUGCACAGCAGGUUGGACACUGCCCGGUUUCUGGAAGCAGUGCUUGCUGUUGCAGCAGGGCGAGUAAGAUCUCCAUAG